AUGAACUCAGAAGCACCAGAAAAUGAGGAGUCUUUAAGCCAUAUCCUUCCCGAGAAUCAUAGCACAACAGAAUCAAAACAAGAUAAACUUCCCAUUGAUUCUAAACAAUAUGAAAACCAACCAAAAGCUCAAAAUAGAAUUCUAAAAGAACUCAAACUAUUAUCUAUCCUUACGUUUUUUGCUAUAAUAGGUGUCCUAGCUAGAAAGGGUAUCGUGGUGCUAACAACUUAUGAUGGUGUUUAUGUCGGAGGUAUAAUAUGGGCAAAUUUUACAUCAUGUAUAAUCAUGGGUAUGUUGAUUCAAUCCAACAAGGCAUGGACUGGUAGAGGCCCCAAAGCAUCACAACCAUUAUAUACAGGAUUAACUACUGGAUUCUGUGGUACCUUUUCUUCUUUUUCUUCACUUAUUUUAGAAAGUUUUGUUAAAUCGGCAAAUAUUUCCAUUGGGAAAAAUUAUAAUUAUCCUAAUGGUGCUUAUGGUAUAAUGGAAUUUGCGUCUGUUAUAAUUACACAAAUGAGUGUUUCUAUCGCUGGCUUACAUUUUGGGAAACAUUUAAUUAAACAAUAUGACCCCAUCUUACCCUAUUAUAAAGUUUUAGAAACUUCUAUUGUCAUUUUGGGUAUCUUAUCAUGGAUUGCAGUUAUUUGUCUUAUAAGUAUUAAGAACUGGAGAAGUUGGAUCUUUGCAUGUAUUGUUUCACCAAUUGCAUGUUGGACUCGUUACUAUGCUUCUAAAUAUUUGAAUCCAAAGAUUAAAUCAUUUCCUAUGGGGACAUUUUUUGUUAAUAUCUUUUCAACAUUCAUAAUGGCCAUAUUGAAUUUAUUAAAUAGAGGUAAAUUACCAAAUGGAUCAGGUAGAAUUGUUAAUAGUGUGCUAUCAUGUCAUAUGAUACAAGGAUUAGAAGAUGGUUAUUGUGGUACUUUAUCUACAGUUAGUACAUUUGUGGUGGAACUUUAUACAAUAAAAUCACCAAAAAGUUAUAGAUAUGGAUUUAUUAGUAUUAUUGUGGCAUUCAUUAUGAUGUUAUUGAUUUUGGGUUCUUAUAAUUGGACCAAUGGAUUAACAAAUCCUCUUUGUUCCUAA